ACGCCUUCAUCCGGGAACUUCAACUAACUCGCUCUCCAACAUGGCGGCGUCAGCUAAGAAGAAGAAUAAGAAGGGAAAGACCCUCACUCUCAAUGACUUUCUGGCUGAAGACGGUGGCAGCGGAGGUGGUAGCAACGCCCCUCCAAGCUACCCGUCCAAGUCCACAAGCUGGGCCGAUGAGACCGACGACCUGGAUGGAGAUGUCUCGACAUCAUGGCACACCGAGGAGGAUUCGUACAGGGCUCCACCCAUAGAUCGCUCCAUCCUGCCAACAGCUCCUCGCUCGGCCCGUGAGCCCAACAUCGACCGGGCCCGACUGCCCCGCAGCCCGCCGUACACGGCCUUCCUGGGCAACCUGCCCUACGACGUCACCGAGGACUCGAUAAAAGACUUCUUCCGUGGCUUGGCAAUCAGUGCAGUGCGUCUCCCUCGUGAACCCAGCAACCCAGAGAGGCUGAAAGGUUUUGGCUACGCUGAAUUUGAUGACCUGGAGUCCCUCCUGAGGGCCCUCAGCCUGAAUGAAGAGAACCUGGGGAACCGUAGGAUUCGUGUUGAUAUUGCAGACCAGUCUAAUGAUAAAGAAAGAGACAGUGGAUCCAUGGGAGGCAGAGACAGGGGUGGACGGAUGGGAGAUAUGGGUCCUGACAAGACAGACAGUGACUGGAGAGCUCGUCCAAGCUCAGACGCUGAUGAUGGACCUCCACGGAGGGAUGAUCCUUUUGGAGAAAGAUCACGGGACCGGUACGAGUCCGAUCGUUACAGAGAUGCUCCACGACGGGAUAACGAUCGCUACGAUGGAGGAAGAGACCGCUACCGGGAUCGCUACGACAAUAGGGACCGCCGGGACGGCUAUGAUGACAGAGACCGCAGAGGCUACGACUCUCGUGGAGGAGGAGGUCGUGCUUUUGGCAGUAGCUUCCGUCGAGAUGAUGACAGUCGGGGUAGCAAUGAUCGCUAUGGCGAUAGGGACCGCUAUGGCGACCGGGAUGACCGAUACGAUAGACGAGAUGAGAGACGUGAGGAUAGAGCUCCUCAACAAAGACCCAAGUUAAACCUGAAGCCUCGCAGCGUACCAAAGGAGGAGGAUGGUACGGGCAGCAGCGGGGGCACGUCUCCAUCUGUGGCUCCCAGCUCCGGCAGCAGGGCCUCCUCCAUUUUUGGGGCCGCAAAACCAGUUGACACGGCAGCCAAGGAGAGGGAGGUGGAGGAGAGGCUGAAGAAAGAAGAAGAGCGGCUGCAAAGGCAGCUGGAGGAGGACAAAACUCGAGGCCCCGACAGAAAGAUGAGAGACAGGGAUCCUAGCUGGCGCAAUGAGGAAACUCACACUGAACGAACCCGCACYGGAAGUGAAUCCUCACAAGGAUCAAGAUGUCGAGAUGGCGAGCGCUGUGGAGAGAACGAGGUUUUCUCUGGGAGAGAAGGGAACUCUUCCCCUGGUUCCUCCCCGCGGCCCUCCUCCACCAGCUCCUCAAAGGAGCCGCUCAAAGUGAUGCCCGCCCCUCCUCCUAAGGAGAACGCCUGGGCCAAAAGAAGUGCAGUCAGCACAGGCUCCAGCGAGGGAGACGUACGACAUCCGGUGUCUCCAGUGUCUCCCAGUGGUUCGGGUCCUCCUAAGUUCAGUUCCCCAAGUUCUUCAGAUGAAAGAGGAUCUGGAAAGGAUGAGAACAAGGCCGACGGUGCGCGGCGCGAUCGAGGGGCCCCACGAACACGAGGGGCGCCUGCUGGUCCAGGGGCUGGCCGGGGCCGAGGAGAGGUGUCCAGCAAAGAACGAAAAAAGGAGGCAGAUAGAAAGGACAUUAAAAAAGACCGAGAUGCCAGACCACCUCCAGAGCCAAAGAAAUACGAAGAAACCCCGACCCCUAAGUUCAGCUCAGCCAGCAAAUACGCUGCUUUGCUAAUGGACGGUGACCAAGGAGAGGAAGGAGAGGAGGUGGAGUAAACAACAAGAGGCCUGAGAGCGCUAGAAGAGGAGAAAAUAACAAACUCCAAGAAAAAGAAAAAAAAAUUCUCAGUUAAUGGAAAAGGAAAAAAAAAAAAAGAAAAACAUCUUUUCACA